UCCCCGAGUUUAGCAGUGCGAACAGUGCGAACAGCGGCUGCUCUACAGACAUGCGUCAGAGUGUAAACACUGCACGUUUUGUUCUGGUACCAAUAAACCUGCUAUUUAUGGAUAUUUAGACAGAAGAUUUUUGUGCACAUUAAACGAAAACCAUGAGCACCGUAUUCUGCUGUGUUUUGGUUGUAUUUUGCUCAGUGGCUCUUUGCAGGGACUUUGAAGAGAGACCCAGCAUCUCCAGGAGGAGUGAGCAAAGCAUGUUUCUAAAGAGUCACAAAACACGAAAUCUGCUCAGUUUGAAAGAUUCACAGCAGCCGGACCAUGUCAAGAUGAAAAGAAGUGAAGAAUCCGCACAAAAUCAAUGUCAAUCACUGCACGGCUAUGAUUCUACGUUAAAAAACAACACUCAUACGUAUAACUUCAAUGACCUGAGUGGCUCGGUGUCUCUGGCCUGGGUUGGAGACGGCACAGGGGUUCUGCUGGUGCUGACCACAUUCCAGGUUCCUCUUUUUAUCAUGCGGUUUGGUCAGUCCAGACUGUACAGAAGUGAAGACUAUGGAAAGACAUUCCAGGACAUCACCGACCUUAUUAACAACACCUUCAUACAGACAGAGUUUGGCAUCGCGAUUGGUCCUGAAAAUUCCGGGAAGGUGAUCCUCACAGGUGAUCUAACCGAGGGGAGAGUCACUAAAAUUUUCCGUUCUGUUGAUUUCGGCAAGAGCUUUGUGACCUCUGAGCUUCCCUUCCAUCCGUUAAUGCAGAUCGCAUACAACCCCAGAGACAGCAACAUACUCAUGGUCUACAGCAUCAAUUAUGAUUUAUGGCUGUCUGAGGACUUCGGGGCCAAUUGGAGGAAGAUCCAUGAGACUGUUUGUCUUGUGAAAUGGGGAAUGGAUGACACCAUAUUCUUAACCACAAACCCCAAUGGAUCCUGCAGUGACCGGGGAACACUUGAAUUGAGAAAAUCUUUAGACUAUGGCAAAACAUUCAAAACUAUAGGAAGCAGGAUUUAUUCCUUCGGCCUGGGUGGACGCUUUGUUUUUGCAUCAGUCAUGACCAACUCUGGUUCCAAACGCAUGAUUCAUGUCUCAGUAGAUCAGGGGGAGACGUGGGAUAUGGCUCAACUGCCCACCGUUGGACACGAGCAGUUCUACUCCAUUCUAGCCGCAAACUACGAUAUGGUCUUCAUGCACGUAGAUGAACCUGGAGACUCCGGCAUUGGUACCAUAUAUGUUUCGGAUGACCGAGGUACAGUGUUUUCCAAGUCUCUGGAACGCCAUUUGUACACCACUACAGGCGGAGACACUGAUUUCACCAACAUCACCUCUCUGAGGGGCGUAUAUAUGACCAGUGUGCUCGCUGUGGAUGGCUCUGUGCAGACAGUGAUCACAUUUAAUCAAGGUGGAGAGUGGCAACCACUGCAGAGACCCUGGAACGGAGUUUGUGACUCCACAACCGAGUACCCAAACAAGUGUAGUCUGCAUAUUCAUGCCUCGUACAGCAUCUCAAUGAAACUGAACGUCCCCGUGCAGCCCCUCUCAGAGCCCAAUGCCGUGGGACUCAUCCUGGCACAUGGGAGUGUAGGAGGUGCAGUUUCUGUGCUUUCUCCAGACGUGUAUGUGUCUGAUGACGGGGGUUACACAUGGUUUCAGGCACUAAAAGGCCCCCAUCACUAUGCCAUACUAGAUUCAGGAGGACUGCUGGUAGCGGUGGAACACAACCCCUCACACCCCAUAUCACAGAUCAAGUUUUCCACUGAUGAAGGUCAGUGUUGGCAUGUGCAUAACUUCACUGAUGAUCCAAUGUACUUCACUGGCCUGGCAUCAGAACCUGGUGCCCGUUCCAUGAACGUCAGCCUGUGGGGCUACAGGGAAACCGUCCUGAAUCAGUACUGGGUUUCUGUCACCGUCGACUUCAGGCAUUUGCUCUCUAGAGACUGUCAGGAAAAUGACUACAUCCAGUGGCUCGCUCACUCAAGCGAUAUUAGUGACCCCACUGAUGGGUGCAUGCUGGGAUACAAGGAAAGGUUUUUGCGGUUACGAAAGGACUCAGUCUGCUGGAAUGGGCGGGAUUACCUUGUCACCAAGGAGCCCACGACAUGUCCCUGCACCCUCACUGACUUUCAGUGUGACUUUGGGUUCUACCAUGCGGAAAACAGCUCAGUUUGUGUGGAGCAGCCCGACCUUAUUGGCCAUUCACUGGAGUUCUGCCUGCACGGACGCAAAGAGCAGCUCCAGACCAGCGGUUACCGGAAAAUUCCUGGGGAUCACUGUGAAGGAGGAAUAACUCCAGAACGAAAAGAGAUCGAUCUGAGUAAGAAAUGCGUUAGUAAUUUGCUGAGGACAGAGCUACUGGUAGGUUUUUAUAUUAUUAUUAAUGUUAAAAUGAAAACCGGUCUCCUUGAAGUCUGCUUUUGA